AUGGAAUUUGCUUGUUGCAUCAAAACUACAUGUGAAGCUCAUGAUCCUCUUAUUUGUACACGUUGUGAACGAAACUUCCACGUCGAUUGUGCGCUGCCAUCUAAAUCACUAAAUUGGGAGCCCGAUGAAAGCAUAAGACUAAUGUGGAGGUGCCCCUCCUGUGGCAGCGCCUCUCCUCGUAACAAUAAAGACGAUACUCCUUGCCGUAAUGUUACAAAGCGCUCUAAGCCAAAGAGUGACAAGGCUACAACGAGUAUUGUAGACAAAUCCGCUAAGUCAAACCAAAAACCUUUAAGUCUUGCACAGAUUACGGCGGAGGAGAUACGGUCUAUAAUUAAAUCUGAGAUUAAAGAUGCCCUGUCGUCAUUUCAAAAAUCUUUCGAUGAUCUUCGAAUAGAAAUAUCUUCACUACGCAGUUCUGUGCAGUUUCUAAGCGACAAAUAUGAUAGUGUCACAAAAAAGAUGGAAUCUAUUGAAGCGAAAAUGAAAACAAUUGAAGCUAGUAGAUCGGAAUGCUUAAACUUGCAAGGGGCCGUGUCCGCACUUCAGAACGAUAUUAAUAAAAAGGAGCAAUGGGCGCGACGUUCAAACAUUGAGAUAAUCGGUAUACCAGAAGCGAAAAAUGAGAAUUUACUAAACAUAAUUAGUAAAAUUGCCGGUGUUGCCGAUGUUAAAAAUUAUGUUGCUACAGAUAUUGACUUUAUCACUAGAGUCACUCCAAAGCAUAACGAUUCAAAAAAAUCUAGACCUAUUAUAAUUCGUUUCCUGUUUGAUAUAAAAAGGACGACUUUCUGGCUAGAU